AUGAUGAAUCUCUCGAUGCAUACGCCAUCGCGAGGCACGCGACGAUGGGCGAUCCAUCUGUUGGUGGUGCUCUGCCUCCUCGCAAGCUGGUGUGCCGCCCAUGCUGUCCGCAGCCAGACUCGACAGUACGGCCGCGCUCCACCGCAAAAUAUAGCCGCCGUCGCCGAGCUCUCCAACCCGGCCUCUUUCCUCGAGACGGCCAACGCUACGUCGCUGCUAUCUCAGAUCCUCAUCCCACGGCCACCCGAUACCGAAAAUAGCCGCAAAGUGCGCGAAGCCAUUCUCGACAUCUUCCGCAAGGACCUUGGCGCCAAGGACUCGACUACCUUCUCGUCGAUGGAUUGGACCAAGAGGGGAAAGCUAGGCUGGCACAUGGAGCAGCAGACGUUCACAGCGCAGACUCCCGAAGGUCCAAAGAAGAUGACCAACGUGGUUUUGACCAAGAACCCCGCAGCACCCCGCAAGCUCGUCGUCGCAGCGCACUACGAUUCCAAGUUCUUCCCCGCUUCUUCGGGCCUGGAGGGCUUUGUGGGAGCGACGGACAGCGCAGCACCCUGCGCGAUGAUGGUCGACCUGGCCGUGGCGCUCGAUGAUGCACUCGAUGCGCGCGAACGCAAAAUUCACGCGAUGGAGCAGGACAAGCCGUCCAUCUCUCAGGAGACAACGCUCCAGCUCGUCUUUUUUGACGGCGAAGAGGCCUAUCGCACCUGGACGCACGAGGACUCGAUCUAUGGAUCCAAAGCGCUCGCGAAGCUGUGGACCACCACGUUCUGGGACGCGACGCAAUUCGACUCGAGCCGGAGCUCGAAGCUGACGGCCAGGAGGUACCGCAGCACCUACGGUCCAAUCGAGUUUAUGAACACGAUCGAGCACAUGAUUCUGCUCGACCUGCUUGGUGCGCCGGAUCCGAUCGUACCUUCGUACUAUGACAACACCAAGUGGCUGCACGCAGCCAUGUCGGACGCAGAACGGCGCCUGAGGGAAGCAAAAGCGCUGUGGCCAAAGGGCGACACUGCCCAUGAGAAGACCCGCUCAUUCUUUUCAAGCGCGCGACCCUGGGGAGCAAUCGAGGACGACCAUCUCCCAUUCCUGCAUGCUGGCGUACCCAUCCUGCACGUCAUCCCAUCCCCCUUCCCGUCGGUCUGGCACAAGCUCUCGGACGACGCAUCCGCACUCGAUUAUCCGACUAUGCACGCCUGGGCCAUGAUCCUGCGACUGACAAUAGCCGAGUACCUCGAACUGGACAUCGCAGCCAACAAAGUGAGCGAGGUGGAUCCAGAGGUAGGGGCUAGUUCGAAGGGUAAGGCCGAUUAG